AUGGACGAACUGCGGUGCCCUGUUGGUGUCCUCCAGCUCUUGGAUGCAAUAGAGCCUCCCGCUUGUCUCACGCCGCGGAUUCGGCUUGAGCUAGGUCUGUUGCCUGGCGAUGAGGAAGGCGUCGACAGUCUGCACGCCGUGGCCGUCGCCAACCUUCGCCCGACUGCGAGCGAUGCGGCCGUCACGUUGGGCAUCAGGUGCCUCCUGGCCUUGGGAGAGCUCUGCCGAGAGCUGGAGUGUUCCGAGCGUCUUGGGUUGGUCGGUGGACAUCAGAACAUUAUCCGCCUGAUGACAGAGGGAAACACCGCCGGACACCCGCGCCGCCGCGCGUCGGGGGCGUCCACCAAGAUUAAGCAGCAGCAGGAGCAGCGGUCGAGAACUGGCGAUGUUGACCAAGCUGGGAGUCAGGGGAAGCCAGGUGUACAUGACGCCGGCGCGCGCUGUGAUAGCGAGAGGGGGCAAGAGGAAGACGACGAUGAGGAUGAGGAUGAAGUGCAGUCCGCGGCCGCCUUUGUUGCAGCUCAGGUGGUGUCUUCCGGAUCAGCUUUCCCCAUGCGCCAGAUGUUGGGCGGGGAGGGAUCGUCGGGGCUCGGAAGGUUCCCGCUGCGGUACAUUUUUGUCAUCGACCACGCUGAUAGGCUGCACGAAACCCGGCCAUCUGGUGCUGUGGGCACUGCUGAAGGUGGGGAUGUCGGCGCCAGGGAGGUGGGUGGAGACGGAGAACGAAUUUCAGUUUUGGUCCGACCGGUGAAGCGGCGGCAGCACAGUCAGUUUGACGUCGGGUUCGUCAUGUGGCCGGCCGCAAUCAUCCUCUCUCGGCUCCUGUGCCGAAACCCUAGCUUAGUCCGUGGUCGGCGCGUGCUCGAGAUCGGGGCCGGUCUUGGCUUGGCUGGGCUCGUGGCCGCACGCAUCCAGCAGGCGCCCUCCUCGGCGUCGAACACCUCGUUGGCGGGGCUUCCUUGCUCUAGCCGCGGAACUGUCGUGGGCAGCCGUAGCGAUGUAGCCGCUGCAGCAUCGGUAACCCUGAGCGAUUUCAACCCCCUAGUUUUGAGGGCACUGGAGGCUAACGUGGCUCUCAACUCGCCUGAUUGCGGUAUGGCGGCGGACGGGGGGGUGUCUUGCGGUGUUCGGCGGGAUGCCUCGAACUGCGACGAAGAGAAUGGUAGCGUGCGGGCCAAACAUGAUCGAAGGGGAGAGGCGAAAGAGGCAACCGUCGAACAUGGAACGGUGCACGUGCGACACCUCGACUGGGACAAGCUAGAGGGCGUGCCGGGGGUCGGCGCGGACAGCUGCCGGUCGUGCACUGUUGUUGAACUUGGGGGUGGCCGUACUCAAGCCGCUGAGUCCCAGCCUAGAGACGAUGCCGACAGCGGCAGUUUUGACGACAGCGAGCCCAGCAGUUACGCCGCGGAGUCGUGCUUCCCGAGGGACGGUUGUGUAAAUGGGGUGUCGCGAGGAGGCGAAGACAGUGGGGUUAAGGGCAUUGAGCAUGGGGAGCGGUUCGACGUCAUCAUUGCCUCGGAUCACAUCUGCCAGGCAUCGGACGCGGAGGGCACUAUUCGCGUCCUCCGAGCGAUGCUCGCCGAGGCUCCGGGACCCACAGCAACACCGCCUACAGCAGCCCCAACAACACCACCACCACCGGCAACAAGGGGGCAGGCGCACUUCGUCGUGGCUCACCCGCGCACCCGCUGGGGCGUCGACGCCCUCGUGCCUCUCCUUCGAGAAGCCCCGGGGCUGGACUUCACGUGCGAGGAAGUCACCGAUCCUGACCUCGUGGGUGGGCUAGACGAGGCGGCGUACUUGGCUUGGCUGCACGUACACGUGUGGACGGUCAGCGAGCGGGCGGUAGAGCCCGCAGCUGCUGCGGCUGCUGGAGCUCUGCUGGUUGCGGGGUAACGCUGAGGGUUAGUGCUUGUGUGGCGGGAACGAUCAGGUUGGCAGGAGUGUAAUGCGCCCCCGUUCCUUGGAAUCCGUGCUCGUGUCAAUUUGGGGUGCAGGCGGCUUAAUAGCGAUAGGGUAAGCUCUGGGACAAAUUUUGACGGAACAGCAGAACUUGACACUAUCAAAGACCGAAAUCGACCGGAACUAUUUCCGGUGGUCAAAGAGGCUCUCGGAAUUUUGGUGUGGGUUUUGCGUGGAUUCUGGAGUUGGUAGGGACGUUCAUUGUGAUGGCGUCAACGAACUCUGGUAGCUUUUGGCUGCGGUGCUCUAUUGAACGAACUAUGCUCCGUCGGCUGGAGGGCGGGGUAAAGGGGAAAGAGUGUUUGUUUUGAUUUACGUGCAUGGAACAUGCCGUCGCCUUGUGGAGCAUGUUGUUACAGAAGGGUUGCCGCCUCACGGCUCACCUCGGCAAUGCUUAGGAACGAGUGCGAGUGUAUCCCUAUUUUGGGCUAAGUAUAUUCGAGCUGGUGUGGAAGGUUUGAUGUGGUUUUCUCUGUAUUUUUUUUUUGGGCCCGUUGUGUUGCGAUAGAGCUUGCUCCUGUGUACUCUUGUGAUAUCGGGGCGAUGUUUAUCUUCCUUCCGCAAGUAGGUCCCAUGCGACCCUAUUGGAACUGGUGUUUUAUAAUUUUCCGUGAUGGUAGCAACCAGACUUGGCUGCUUCUUUUGGAAUGUCGUCGGCGGGAGCCAGAGAUAGAUGUGGGCAGUCUGUCACGGCAGACCGUGGGCCCAAAGUAAAACGAUUUUGUCUGACGGGUUUCUCGGGCAACGCCGAAAGUGCGUAGCAUUGUCGGGUUCACUAGUGAACACCAGCGACACGAGAGCUCCCUUCUUUUUCCGUGUGCUGUAAGCUCAAAUUGAUCUGUUUG